ACGGCCCGCGACUUCAUUUCAUCCACCCCGCGGCCACCACUGAGACCCCUGCCACUGAGAAGGGGCCCGCAAACGAGGCUGUAUAUCCCUCACUCCAACAAUAUCGGAUCUUAGCCGCACUAAUCGGGAACGAGCAGGGGAAUCGUUUCUAGCCCUGCAAUAACUACUGUCCAACAAAAAUGAACCAGGAGGAGGAGAAGAAUAAGAACUGGGACGCCACAAUGAACAAGCUUUACAUCGGCAACCUCGGCGAGAACGUCUCGCCGGCUGAACUGGAGUCGCUGUUCAGCGAUAAAAAGAUUCCCGUGUCGGGACAGUUUCUGGUGAAGGCUGGCUACGCGUUUGUGGAUUGUACGGACGAACAGUGGGCAAUGAAAGCCAUUGACGCCCUGUCUGGAAAAGUCGAAAUCCACGGGAAAUUAAUCGAAGUUGAACAUUCGGUUCCUAAAACGCAAAGGAGUCGCAAGAUCCAAGUUCGGAACAUCCCUCCCCAAAUGCAAUGGGAGGUCAGUGAAGUUUUAGAUGGCCUGCUAGCUCAGUACGGGACUGUGGACAACUGUGAACAAGUGAACACAGAGAGCGACACGGCAGUUGUGAACGUGACCUUUGGCAGCAGGGAGCAGGCCCGGCAGGCCAUCGACAAGCUCAAUGGCCACCAGCUGGAGGGCUACUCACUCAAGGUGGUCUACAUCCCGGACGAGAGCGCCGGGCCGCCCCCCGGUCGCCGGGGGUUCCCGGGCGGCCGCUUCGGGGGCCGCCAGCCCGGGGGGGGCGGCGGGCAGGCAGCAGGAGGCGGCGGCGGCGGCCUGGGCCCCGGCGGUGCAUCGGGGGGGCCCGGGGGACCGCACGGCGGGGGCCAGUCCGGCGGCGGGGGCCGGCAGCAGGGCGAGGUGCCGCUGAGGAUGCUGGUGCCGAGCCAGUACGUGGGCGCCAUCAUCGGCAAGGAGGGGGCCACCAUCAAGAACAUCACGCAGCAGACGCAGUCCAAGGUGGACAUCCACCGCAAGGAGAACGUGGGCUCGGCUGAGAAGCCAAUCACGAUCCAGUCGACGGCAGAGGGCAGCUCAGCAGCGUGCCGCCUCAUCCUGGAGGUCAUGCAGAAGGAAGCGCUGGACACGAAAACUGCCGAGGAGGUCCCGCUGAAGAUCCUCGCUCACAACAACUUCGUGGGUCGUCUCAUUGGCAAGGAGGGGCGCAACUUGAAGAAGAUCGAGCAGGAUACCAACACCAAGAUUACCAUCUCGCCGCUGCAGGAGUUGACCCUUUACAACCCGGAGCGGACCAUCACCGUGAAGGGCUCCAUUGAAGCCUGCUCGCAGGCCGAGGUGGAGAUCAUGAAGAAGCUUCGCGAGGCCUACGAGAAUGACCUGGCAGCCAUGACGCAACAAGCGAAUCUGAUCCCAGGCCUGAACCUCGGAGCCGUGGGCCUCUUCCAGCCAUCGAUGCCGAUGGUGCCACCGCCGGUGGGCUCCGGAGGCCCCUCCUCCUCCUCCUACAUGGGCCUCAUGGCUUGGCAUGCCGCCGCGGCCCCGGGUUCCGCCCCGGGUGUUCCGUCGUGCCCCCCCUCGGAGCAAGAGACGGUCUUCCUCUUCAUCCCGGCGCAAGCGGUGGGCGCCCUCAUCGGCAAGAAGGGGCAGCACAUCAAGCAGCUGUCUCGCUUUGCUGGCGCCUCCAUCAAGAUUGCACCAGCAGAUACGCCGGACUCCAAGGAGAGGAUGGUGAUCAUCACGGGCCCUCCUGAGGCUCAGUUCAAGUCUCAGGGCCGCAUCUACGGGAAACUCAAGGAGGAGAACUUCUUCAACCCCAAGGAGGAGGUGAAGUUGGAGGCGCACAUCAAGGUGCCCUCGUCGGCAGCCGGCCGGGUCAUCGGCAAGGGCGGCAAGACGGUGAACGAGCUGCAGAACCUGACGAGUGCCGAGGUGGUGGUGCCACGGGAUCAGACGCCGGACGAGAACGAUCAGGUCGUCGUCAAAAUCAUCGGCCACUUCUUCGCCAGCCAGACGGCGCAGAGAAAGAUCCGCGAGAUUCUCCACCAGUUUAAGCAGCAGCAGUCCCGACCGGAGCAGUCGCAACCCCGCAGGAAAUGAUGUCAUCGCAGAGGCCCAAGAGGACAACGGGGGGGGGGGGGGGGGGGAAACAGCAAAACGCCAGUGAUGAUGUCUUCCCUAUAUUGAGAAGCCAGUAUUGAUUAUUGCCAAUGUUGUCUUGUGUUCCAUGGAAUGUAACUAUUGGACAAAUUAAAUUGUUAAUGCACAGGGACGUCGAUCGCGGGCGUGGAGUUGAAAGAGCGGGGAGCAGUAAACACAGGUAGCUUAGGGUACAGGGGCACGCACAUUAGGUGUCCUGUUGUCGAUGGAAGGCGACAGGGGACACGGGACUAUUAAUUAUUACUAUUUUAAUUUUUUGUUAACGACAGCUUUUGGGAAACCGAAGCGGGUUAUUAAACUGUGCUCUUGAGAGUGCCUGCUUUUUUGUCGUGGCGGCCGCGGCCGAUGGUAACCGUUGCCGAAGCCCUCGGCGCAAGAGAGCGUUUUAGCGGUAGAGGCGUUUGUCGAAGACACUGCCCAAGCUUUGCGUCGUUCGCGACCGGCGCCCGCGUGGGCUUGCGGAGCGGCGAGCGUCGUUCUCCCUCGGUGCGGCGUGGCGCGGUGCGGCGCGACGGGGUUGAGGCAACGUUUUGCGCACCGCAGUUUGCCGUGCACGGAGAACGUCGCGACGUCACGCCGCAACCUAAGCGGCUGAGAUCAGAGAAAAAAAAAAUCUAUAAUACUCUUAAGGCACAUGAUGAUUGUAUAGGAUUUUUUAUAUAUAUACACACACGAAGCUCCGCUAAAUGCCUUGCAAGUAUUGGCACAAGGGAUUUUGUUUUUCUGUUGCUCGUGCUCUUCUCCUCUCCCUAUCACAUUCCAUGGAAUCGUUUUUAUCGCGCAGUUUCCCCCGUCGAAUAUUUCGAGGGGACGAAAUUGCACACGGCUUGAGAUUUCUUCGUAAAACAUAUCAUUGGGGGCGUUUCCGAAAUUGUGCUUGCUGCAGCUGGCUUCUUUGGUAAGCCAGCAAAGUUGUAAAGCUUUUUCUUUUUAUUAGAUCUGAAAAGGGUCUGAGUUUGAUCCCCUUAAAUGCGUUAUUUUGCAUUUUUUAUGAACACAAAUGCAAAACAGGGCUUUCUUGUAACCGCUGGGGUUAAGUUAGUUGAAACGUCGCAAGGAAUACGUUCAAUUUAACGGAACUGAACGCGAUGAACCUUUUAAAGAGUUGUUCGAAACACUGCGCAAUAUCCGUGUCACGCUGGUUUUGUACAGUUGUCCUCAACGCAAGGGGUUACAUUAAACUGGUCGUCUUUUUGGAUACAGCUGCUGCUGCAAAAAAAAAUCAAGAAUUUUAAAACGACGUAUACUUUUAGCUGGCCGCCAAUAUGUUAAAAUAAAAAAAAACACAAGCUAUAAUGUAAUGAUGAGGAAAUAAUAAUGGUAAUACAUUUUUUUAGCAUAAUCUACCUCAGGCAUAUUUAGUACCUCAAUGUAUUUCAUUUUUUUAGUUAUUUUGUAUGCUUUAUAUGAAAAAUAAAAAAAAUUAAUAGACUUUAUAAUGUUUUAUUUUUUUAAUAAAAUGAGAAGUUUGCGUUCAUUGAUGAGGAAGCUGUUGGUGGCAUCUUGAAGCCGGUUUGCCUUCAGGGCUUCCUGUCAAUGGAUCCACGUUUGGAACGUUUACUCAUUCAACUCAAAUUUAUCACGGAAAUUGUGUGGCAGAGGUCAGUAAUGAUCAACGGACAUUUUGUUUUGCCUUUAUUAUUUUUGUCAUCCACCGUUAAAUUUUUUAGGUUUAACUUUUUUUCAACCUCAAUUCUUCUGAGGUGUGUGUGUGUGUGCGCUGAUGCUAGUUUUGUCGAGAUGUGGGGAAGUUUAAAGGUGGGGGGGGGGGGGAAACUGAAAGAUAUAUGAUAUAUAUUAAACUACAAGAAAUAACGCGAAUCGAUUUGGAUUUGCGUUGUUGCUGAUGGUGCCAGGUUAGGUUUUAAAAAUAAAUUAGAGCAUGAGAGGGAAUGAAUACGCACACAUAAUUGUUGGUAAUGUCGUGAGAUGAUGCUACGGAUUUUUUUUUACGUGUAGUCGUAUUUGUGAUACUUGGAUUGCGGUGGGAAACUAAAAAAAAGAUUGUUUCCUUGCCCAAUCUUAAAACAAAAAAAACAAAAAAAUGACAAAAAAAAUAUCCCAGAAAACUUAACAAAAACAACUUGUGUCGCUACAUGAUGUUCACCUUAUUUUUGUCCGGAGAUUCCAUGUGCAUCAAGGGUGCUGUAUGUGCUGUGGUAAGAAGAGGUGGUGUUAACUUUACGUUUCCACAGUACAGGUUUCAGGCUUGCGGACUUAACUGUGACAUUACUGUGCCAGAACCUAUCACGAAUGAUAAUCCUCCUCACAAACUUAGCGAAUUCAUCCUAUCCCAUCUCCCUCACCUGCUUCACACCCGCUGCGGGCCUAGUGACCGACCCAGGGAACGUGCACGUUAUCUGGGCAGCGUUCUUGUCUGGAAAAAAUGUUUGAAUACAUGUUAAUGGUAAUUUAGGUUGUGAUUUAAGAAAAAUAUAUAUUUGGCAUUUAGCCCUGCAUCACUUAAAAACAAGCUUUAGUGACUGAGGUGGCUGGCCUGUGGUUUCCCCUCUAGCGAUUUCACGGCCAUUGCCAGGGGUGACCAUGGUAGUCUUGGCUCUGUUUUAGAAAAGAGAGCCAGAUUGCCCCAUGGCUGGACCGCUUGUGACAUUAUUGGUCCGCUUACAAUAUCUGGAAAACCCUCAUAGCUCUUUUCCACUGGCUCAUGUUAGCUGAUUCAGCGCAGGGGCCACUCCCAGUCUGGGUGAGUUUCCACCGGAUAUUUUCUGAGCCGAGCUAAAAUGAAUCUGUGAAACUGGCCACACAUCUCAAAUCUGGCUCGGGGGGGGGGGGGGCGAACCAGGGCCAGGGGUUGAUAAUUUUCAUCGCACUCGUCUAUUGCAUGAUGACGUGAGUGCCACGACUUGGGUUUCCCCAUCAGAAAUGCAACAAUGACGCCGCCUGGGCUGCACCGGGCUUGAUCGGCGUAGCCCCGAAUGCAAUUCGGUGGGAAAAAAAAA